UUUUUUGAUCAAAUUGAUUUGAUAUAGGUACAUUCAUAUUAAACCUAUGUAGUGUAUGGUAAACAUUAAACAAUAAUUAAUAAAUCUUAGUUUUGUAUACAUUGUAUUAAGUGUCGCGUAGUUUUCGAGUUUGUGAAUUCGUCUCAAAAAUUGUUUCAAAUAUUGAAUAAAUUAUAUACUAAUAAAGUUUCAAGAUGCACCUUUAAAUAUGAUUUAUUACCAAUUUAUUGAAUUCGUUUGUGUUUGUAUAAUCACUGUUUCACUCUUUUCAGUCCCAUAUACAAAUGGGUUAAAUAAUAAUAAUAUAAAAAUGUAUCCAAAACUUGGUGAAAAUGUUACACUAAAAUGUGGCAGCAAUAACAUUAAAAAUUCCAAUGUGUUGUGGAAAAUUAAUCAUCAAGAAUUACCUGGUCGAGCUAAAAUUUUGGAAAAUGGAAAUUUAUUCAUUUCAUCAUUCAAUUCAUCAGAUGCUGGUGUUUAUAUUUGUGAUCUAGCAGCUGCUAAUGGCUAUGUUGAGCAUGCUCCACUGGCUAAAUUUGAACUAAAACCAAAAAGUGUACCUGGAUCCUUGAUAGAUGUAAAAGUUAUACCUAAUACUGUAUUAAUGCUCAUCACAUGGAGAAAAAUAGAAAACAAUGAUGAAUUAUCUGUUAAAAAUAUUACCAUUAGGUACAGAAUUAUAGACGAUAAAAAUUCAAGAGAUGAUUGGAAUGUUCUUCAAGUAAAUCCAUCUAAGGUUUUCAAAAAUAUUUACUCGCUGCGUCCAAAUACAUUAUAUAAAAUUCAAAUUUGGGCCAACAAUGAUAUAGGUGAUGGAGCUAAAACUGAAUUGACCACUAAAACAUUAAGCGAUAUGACAGAAUCUGAGUUAGAAAAACACCUUUUAGAAGGUAUUAAUACAUUUGAUACAAGAGCGUGGACAUUUGCAGUGGUUGUGAUUAUGAGUACCUUUAGUAUAUUUGUAAUAGCAUUGUGUUGCUUAUUUGUCAAGGAUCCCAGAGUGCAGAAAAGAUUGGAAAACAGCGAUGAUGUUGAACGAAUUGAAUUAAUACCAAAUAUUACUAUAAAUCCUGGUUAUUGUGAAACAUAGCUAAGAUUUGAAUACACUGAUACUAAUUUUUGAGUCGGUGUGUAAUCAAUUUGCUGUUUGGUGAUUUAGUUUGAUAAUUUUUUUUAUAUUUUUUAGUUUUGACAUUUGGUUUAAUUUUUGAAUCAUAAACAA